CCUGAAUUCCACCUUCCGACACAAUUUGAAAGAAUUUUUACACCUUGGCGGCAACACACUGCACAGCUUGGACGGUAUUCCGACUUUUCCAGUUUGUGGUGUUUUGAACCUGGACAACAACUGUCUGACCCAACUCGCCGGUUUGCGACAGCGGUUUCCAAGGCUGCAGAGGCUGGUAUCAACUGCAAAAAUGUCUGGGUCUGGAAGGAUGCGAACUUGUAAUGCUAGCUUUCCAUACCUAGGAAAUCUGUAUUGCAUAUACCAACAAAAGUCGCGGCCUCUUUUGCCCCUACAAAAACGCAGCUUCUCAUGCGGAUUGCCUAUGAAAAAGCGUUUCAGAAAGUUGUCAUGCUGGGUUGCAUGCGGAACUGUUUCCAUCAUCCACGUUUUAGCAUCACAAGUUUCCAGAUCCGGACAUAUUUGCAUUUGAUAGCUGGAUGCGAAGAACAACAAAAUUUCGGAUUUAAGCGAGUUGUUUCGGAGGAGUAGUGCAGGGGGCGGGAG